ACUGCAGUCACGUCAAAGUGUGGGAUUUAGGAAUCUACCUCUUAGGAUAUAGCAGGAACAGAACAUUAAAGAGUUACCAGGGAACUACUGUACAAAAAGAAAAAAAAAACCCAAACUUCACACAUGUAGAUGUGAAGUCAUAUCCAGACCAAAAGAGGAAGUGGCAGGUUACUGGGCUCAAACUUAUCUGCGGCUGCACAUCAUAGACAGCAUAUUGCUGCCUGCCGUUGUCGUUUCUGUAACAACAGAAAGUGCUCCUGCUUGGAGUAGUCUCAAUUCAAAAUGCUGAAGAGAAAGCCAUCCAAUGUUUCAGAGAAGGAGAAACAUCAAAAACCAAAGCGCAGCAGCAGUUUUGGGAAUUUUGAUCGUUUUCGGAGUAAUUCCACAUCAAAACCAGAUGACUCAACUGGGGUACAUGAAGGGGAACCUAUAAAUGAAAGUGGAGAACAAAACAAAACUUCAUAUAAUGGAAGGGGCUUAGGUAAAAAAAUGAGAGCUAUUUCCUGGACAAUGAAGAAAAAAACGGGUAAAAAAUACAUUAAAGCCCUCUCUGAGGAAAAGGAUGAAGAAGAUGGAGAGGAUACCCUCCCAUAUCGGAACAGUGACCCCAUGAUUGGAACCCAUACAGAGAAGGUCUCCAUCAAAGCCAGUGACUCCAUGGACAGUCUCUACAGUGGGCAGAGCUCAUCAAGUGGAAUAACAAGCUGCUCAGAUGGGACGAGUAACCGGGACAGCUUUCGACUUGACGACGACGGCCCCUACUCUGGACCAUUCUGUGGCCGUGCCAGAGUACAUACAGAUUUCACACCAAGCCCCUAUGACACCGACUCCCUCAAAAUCAAGAAAGGAGAUAUCAUAGACAUUAUCAGCAAGACGCCAAUGGGGACGUGGACAGGAAUGUUGAACAAUAAGGUGGGAAACUUCAAAUUUAUUUAUGUGGAUGUCAUCUCAGAAGAAGAAGCAGCCCCCAAGAAAAUAAAAGCACACAGAAAGAGUGGAAAGGAAAAACCCCAGACUCUACAGGAGUUCUUAGAGAGGAUUCACCUUCAGGAAUAUACCUCAACACUUUUGCUCAAUGGUUAUGAGACCCUAGAAGAUUUAAAGGAUAUUAAAGAGAGUCAUCUCAUUGAAUUAAACAUUAAAAACCCAGAAGAUAGAAUGAGGUUACUAUCAGCUGCUGAAAAUCUCCUUGAUGAGGAAACUAUUCAAGAGCAAGAAAAUGAAUCUGUGCCCCUGUCCUUAAGCCCAGACAUCUCCUUAAAUAAGUCACAGUUAGAUGACUGCCCAAGGGACUCCGGUUGUUAUAUCUCAUCAGAAAACUCAGAUAAUGGUAAAGAAGAUCUGGAGUCUGAAAAUCUGUCUGACAUGGUACAGAAGAUUACUAUCACAGAGCCAAGCAACUGAACACACAUUCUCAGCUCUACAUCUACAGAUGUGUUGGAUUUUAACUCUUCUUGAGCUAAAAGAUCAAAUAGGAGAGGAAGAGAAGUAUUUGCAGAUACAACCUGAAGUUAAAAUGUUUUAAUGGGAAUGUACAUAAAAGUUCAUAGCUCUAACAUUUUCAGUUGUUGUAAGUAAUAUGUGUAUUUAUUAUUUUAAAUACUAUAUAUUAGUAUCUCACUUGCCUGUAUCAUAAAAAAGCAUAGUGUAAGUUUUUAGUGUGUGAGACAUGAGCUUUAUUUGGCUUUAUAAGUGCAAAAUGAUUUUCCAAAAAAAAUCCUCCUUUUUUAUACCUACCAGUUUUGAAUUAAUGUAUGUUACUGAAUGAAUCAUUAUGGAGCAUGUGUCUGUUUAACCAAUUGUGCAAGCAGCACUUACAUUCAUUUUAUAAUUACUGGGAACGUGUGUGUUAAUAUUGGAGACAUUUUAUCCUGAUCCAUAGUGAAGUUUUAGUAACUGUUUUUUGUUCAUUUCUUCACUGUUAUCUUUGUAAAAGUAUAGAUAACAAUAUAUUGUCAAUUCUGAUUGAGUAAAACUAAUUUUAAUAAUUGUACAGAUUUUUCACCUUUUAGUGUAAAUAUUUAAAAUUUUGAAAUACCCUAAUUUUAAUAAUAAAAAGAACUAU